AAAUGUAGCAAAUGCAUGGGGGAAUUUAUCUGUUUUGUUCUUACAGUAACAAAACCUUGUAGGAGAACAGACUUUCUUGCAUCAAAAAAAGCUGCAACUGUUGACCAGGAUCACAAGUUUAGAUGCAAGUUCUUGGACUGUUCCAAAUCCUUCCGCAAAGCCAAGUUAUUGCAUUAUCACAUGAAAUACUUUCAUGGAGUGGAGAAGGCUGCAGAGUCCCAGCAGAACCCUGUAAAAAGAAAUAUUCAAACCAGAGCUUCUUUGGCUUCUGAAAAAGCUAAUCAAGAAAGGUCAAAGAGAGGACGGAGCACAGCUGGGUCACUGUAUGCUCCUCUACACAUAGCCCUAAGGAGUACCCCAUAUAGAGAUGAAAAAAUAGAAAAGAGAAGAACUUCAGCUGCUGUAAGUGCAUUAAAUAGUCACCGGCACUCUCUUAGAGACCAAAGCAGGAGCCACAUAGCGAGAGCGCUGCGGAGGCCUCGGGACAGAGUCGGACAUGGUGUUAAAGAACAUGAGAAGAACAAAGAAAGAAAAUCCAAAGACUAUGGAAGAUCCAAGUCAAAGAAAAAGAAAAAAAAGAAAAAGAGAUCUAAGCCUGGGUACUCUGGUGUUGGAGAAAACACAGAUGUCUCACAGGAGCUUUCUCCUGAAAAAUCAGUGGUCACAAAAUCUCUUUCUUCCAUUAAAUCAUCUGCCCACCCGAGCACACCGCUGCACUGUGCUGACUCUGGACAGCACAGGGGGAAAUCAAAAGCAAAUGGAUUUUAUAUAAAUCCUUCUUGUACAGAGGAUGACACCCUGAGUGAGUCAUCUAUGGACAGCUUGCUUUGGAGUGACGAUGACUGCAGUCAGGACGUUGAUGUAACCACCAACCCUGAUGAAGAAGUUGAAGAAAGUGAUUUUGAGAUCGUUCGCUGUGUUUGUGAAGUAAAAGAAGAAAAUGAUUUCAUGAUCCAGUGUGAAGAGUGUCUGUGCUGGCAGCACGGGGUCUGCAUGGGGCUGCUGGAAGAUAAUGUCCCUGAGAAGUACACCUGCUAUAUCUGCCAGGAUCCCCCAGGUCAGAGGUCCAGCUUGAAGUACUGGUAUGAGAAGGAGUGGCUAAGCAAUGGUCACAUGCAUGGCUUAGCAUUUCUGGAAGAAAAUUAUUCCCACCAGAAUGCCAAGAAGAUCGUGGCCACUCACCAGCUGCUGGGGGACGUGCAGAGGGUGAUCGAGGUGCUGCACGGGCUGCAGCUGAAGAUGAGCAUCUUGCAAAACAAAGAACAUCCUGACCUGAAGCUUUGGUGUCACCCGUGGAAGCACAUCACAGUGGAUGAGAAAAUCCACACCAAACACAUCAUUCACUUCGAGGACAACUGUUGCAAAGAGGAGACGGCGAGUUACAGAACUUGGAACGGGACGGUUGAGAAGCCCUCAGCCAUCCCCUCCGUGGAGGAAUCUUACAUCACCAGUGAACACUGUUACCAGAAACCUCGGGCCUACUACCCUGCCAUAGAGCAGAGGCUGGUGGUGGAAACAAGAGGCUCAGCCAUGGAUGAUGGAGUAAAUAGAAUAAGGGAGAACGGAGAUGAUGCCCUGUCCGAGAGAUUUGGCUGGAAUCUGGACCAAGAAAUAUGCAAGGUGGAAAAUGAAUCCAAACACAAUUACUCUAAGGGGAGAGAGGCCGUGGCCAAGAAGAGCUCUGCAGAGGAAGCAAUGGAAAUGAAGCUGAUGGAGAAAGGCAAAGAAGGAGUGGUGAACUCGCAGCUGCAGUGGCAGCUCAAUCUUUUAGCCCACGUGGAAUCUCUGCAAGAUGAAGUCAUCCACAGAAUGGAUUUCAUUGAGAAGGAGCUAGAUGUUCUGGAGAGCUGGCUGGAUUACACAGGAGAGCUGGAACCCCCCGAACCCCUGGCUCGACUGCCCCAGCUCAAACACUGCAUAAAGCAGCUGAUCACGGACCUGGGCAAGGUGCAGCAGAUCGCCCUGUGCUGCUCCACGUGAGGCUGGCGGGGGCACUGCCACGGGCACCACGCUGGG